CCGAGAGCGGUGCAGUGCAAAGUGAGACAGAGUGCGUUCGAGAGAGCAUACAGAGUUGCACGCGAAGUCCGUGAAAAUAAACGUGAAAACCUCAUUGUUGAAAAUCAAUUGAGACCCACUGAAUCACAGCUAGCAUAGUCUGCAAUUUGCAGUUUGUUUUCUUGGUCGUGUAUCAUUUGUUUAUCGUAUGUCCAUCCAGAAUCUAAAUACAUUCGACCCCUUUGCAGAUGCAAUCAAGGGUGCUGAUGAAAAUGUGCAAGACGGUCUUGUGCAUAUAAGAAUUCAACAGAGGAAUGGUCGCAAGACACUAACUACUGUUCAGGGCCUGUCCUCGGACUAUGACCUGAAGAAGAUUGUCCGGACAUGUAAGAAGGAAUUUGCAUGCAAUGGCACUGUAAUUGAGCAUCCAGAGUACGGUGAAGUGUUGCAAUUGCAAGGUGACCAGCGUGAAAAUAUUUGCCGCUGGCUUACAAAAUCCGGGCUCGCCAAGGCGGAGCAGCUCAAAGUGCACGGAUUCUAAAGUCCGGCAGCGAAGGCGGCUUCGGAGGAGAGAAAAUUAACCACACAUAACACAAACACACAUUUCGAAAAGCGAGCGCGACGUGAAAAUCUCAGUCUUCAUCUCAGAUAGAGAGAAUUUUGUUGUCAUUUGCGGAUAGCAAACGAGAAGUGGCGUCAACAUUGAUCAAUCAAAUGAAUGCCGGCUAAAAGAGGAGAGAAAAGAAAGGGCGACGACGAGGAAAUUUUCCGUGAUUGAGUUCAGAUGAGAAGCGAAGGCGACUUUCUUUUUAAAUGAAACUGAUAUAGGCAAAAUUCAACUCCUUUUGAAGACCACAAACUUGUUCUAAUGUAAUUAUCCUUCGUCGUUGAGCAUAUAUGAAAAGUAAAAUUUUGCAACUAUAAAAAAAAAUCCAACACUCAAUGAUUCUCUAUAUAAAUUUAAAUGUUUAAUUGCACAACAUAAAGUUAAUAUUGAAACCGAUGAUAUUCUUUAAACUUUUCCUGUCAUACUGAAUGUAAAGAAAAAGGAGCACUGAAGAAAUAGAUUUAGUAGACAAUUUUCCCCUCCUCGAGAGAGUGUUUCGAACGAAAGAAGAGAAUAUUUCUUUAUGACUUUGUAACGAGAUUAAUACUGUUUUUUUUUCUCUUUCACAUAAGACACAGAGAUAAUGGAAAUCCAAAACAGAUAGCGAGAAUGUAGUUAAAUGAGAGCAGACGAUAAAGAGUGAAGAGAGAAAGAUAGAGCCCGAUAUUUUAAAUGGAAAAUUUAAGUGGAAAACGCUAAUAAUUUGCAAAAUCACGAUAGAAAGUAAAUGUAAAUGGAUUUAUCUCAAUGCAAAGUCAAUUAUUUGCAUUAAGAAAUGUAUCUUGGAGCGAUUGACGUCUUCAGAGAGUGUGAAUCUUUGUUUCUUUUAGUUGCAUCAACAAGUUUGUAGGACAAUUUUCUUCCUCUUCACAUUCUUUUCCCUUUUUUUAAAUUGAGAUUCAACCAAUUUUUGUUAAACACAUCUAAACACUUCUCUGGAAUAUAGUAAGAAAUCAGGCUGAAUAAAUUGAUGGAUUAAAGCGUAAACUUGUUAUUUGAGUAAUAUUCUUCUGGCUGUUUUGCACUGCCAAGUGAAAUGUUUUGGUUUCUGAUAAAUGAAUUUGAUAAAUAGUUCUGAAAGUUAAUGAUCCCGAUCCACUUCUUUUCCUCCCCAAUCUCGAUAGAAAACGUGAAGAAAUAAAGAUAAAUUGAGUAAAAA